AAAUACAACCUUCUACCAUGCAUAUCAUCAUGGAUCUUCAAAACCUUAUCUCUAUCUUCACCACCUUCCUCUUUCUCUUUAUGCUAUUGAAAAUAGCCAUUAAGAAAUUUAGUUCUUCCAAGGAUAUUACCAAUUUACCCCCAGGACCAAGAAAACUACCCAUCAUAGGAAACAUGCACAACCUUGUAGGAUCAAUGCCGCCCCAUGAAUGCCUAAGAAACUUAGCAUCUAAAUAUGGACCCUUAAUGCACCUUAAACUAGGAGAAGUGUCCCACAUCAUAGUUACAUCACCUGAAAUGGCACAAGAGAUUUUGAAGACUCAAGAUCUCAACUUUUGUGAUAGGCCAAACGUUCUCUUUGCAAGAGUCUUGAAUUACAAUGGAACAGACAUUGUUUUUGCCCCCUAUGGAGAGUAUUGGAGGCAUGUACGAAAGAUAUGCACCAUGGAGUUAUUAACAGUAAAGCGUGUUCAAUCUUUUAGGCGCAUAAGAGAAGCAGAGGCUUUAGAGUUGGUCAAAGCAAUAUCUCAAAGUCAAGGCUCCAUUUUCAAUCUCUCUCACAAGAUUUUAUCAAUGACCUAUGGAAUCUCGGCUAGAAUAGCAUUUGGUAAAAAGAAAUUUAUUCACAGCGCAAAUACUUUAUUAUUAUUAUUAUUAUUAUUAUUAUUAUUAUUAUUAUUAUUAUUAUUUUUAUAAUUUUUUU